AUGGGCUUCGAGACGGCCGCAAUCGUCUGCUUCGAGGACCUGGGCCGCCAGAGCUCGAUAGAGACCGGUGGUAUCCUCACGCUCAUUUCCGUGUUCUUCCUAGCGGCCACCUUCGCUGUUUACAUGUACCUACCGCAAAUGAGGGACCUGCAAGGGCUCUGCUACAUGUGCAUGUGCAUCAGCAUGGCCCUUGGAUUCCUGUCACUGGGAGUGCUCCAGCUCAGUCCACAAUUCGCUGGCGAAAUAUGCACUGUCACUGGAUUCCUGGUAUAUUUUUGGAUGAUGGCAACCUUCUUUUGGAUGAACGUCAUCAGCAUCAACAUGUAUCGCAGUGUUCAAGACGCGGCCUACUUGAAGAAGACGGAGAGGAAGCAGUAUUUUUGGUACAGCUGUUAUGCCUGGGGCUGCACACUGCUGUUUCUUAUCGUGUCGCUGAUAACAAAUUUUGCCGAAGGAGACCAUUGGAAGCCCGGUAUCGGUGAAACGGGCUGCUGGUUCCAAGGCCGCACCGAAACCUGGAUAUUCUUUUACGGUCCCAUCGCGGUGCUCGUCGCUUCGAACGUUACACUUUUCGUUAUCUCGUCGUACAAUUUAUGGAUGCAGCACACGAGGAAAUACGAAGUGAACAAGCUUAAUAAUCUCAAGCAUAAAUUUUUGGUCUCACUGAAGCUGUUUCUGGUCAUGGGGAUUUCGUGGAUAUUCGAAAUCGCCAGUUUUGCACACGGACAGGCGCAUAUUAUUUGGAAAAUCAUGGACACGUUCAACUGCCUGCAAGGGGUGGUGAUCUUCCUCAUACUGGUGGUACUGAGGAGACGCGCCAUGCAGGGCCUGGCCGCCGAGGGCUGUUGCCUAUUUGUGACCCGUCCGCUGGCCGAGAAACUGAGCCCAGACGACGAUCCGGACGACCAACAGAUAUUAGCGGACGACACAGUCGAGGUUAGACUGAAC